AUGUUAUGGCUGAGUUACGGCUCGACCACUUGGUUGGUUGAUGGAAAAAUGUUGAAGCGAGCGAUUCAUGACCAUCGCCCCUUGGAACCUUCGCAAGGUUCCAAGUUUAUUGGCCGGUCCUUGCAACCUUCGGAAGCAACAUUCCCUCCCGGCUAUCUUACAACUUUAUCUUGGGCCGUUUUGGAGAUAGCCCGGCCCAAAUUCCACCAUCUCCACCCUUCAAUGUUCUUAAACGGCAAGUCCUGGAGAGGUCCGGGUCUAAGAGCCGAGGAACAUUCCGACUUCCCCGAGGAAGGAAUAAAUACAUCAGAAAUCGCAGUAUUAUGCUUUGUGCAGGUUUAA